AUGGCUUCCCCCGCAAUAGCAUCUGCAGAUCCAGCUCCGACGAGCUCAACGUCAGACUCUACAGAUAUAUAUCAAAGGCUCUCUUCUUACUCUUUUACUGAGGAUCCAGAGUUCAAGCUUGGCUUAGCAGUUAUUCUUGGCCAGCCAGGAACUCCCGCAACAAACGAACAAGUCAAUAGAACUGACGAGCUUGUUACGAAAGCGAAAUGUUUCUACUUCUCAAAGAAAUAUGCAAUCCAGCCUCCAAUUGAUUACACUUCAUAUCAGCAUUGGCUUCAUCCACAGUCACGAAACGAAAAUAUACCCAUUUCUUCAACGUCAGAUAACAACGAUGGUAAUGAAGCAGCGCGGUCGGAGUCAGUCUCUGUAUCUACAGCGCCAGAGGAGAGUAAGUUGGAGGAGGGACAGCCUGUAUAUCCGUCAUCAUUUGCGCGGAUUGUGGAGCUUAUAACCACAGGGCAGCCAAUACCGGGAAUCCAGCAGAUACCCGAUACUGUGUUGACCGGUCAGGAGACUGCUAGUACGGCUCAGCGGAGGAGGAAGCCGUGGGAAAAGGAUGAAGGAGAGCAAAACCAAGAAUGUAACCAGAAAGAGGGUGGGAGGCAGAAAGAUGUGAAUCAUAAUGAAGAUGGGAUAUCGACUGAUGACGCCCUUAAGGAUGGUAGUGGUGCUUAG